ACAUGCAUCUAACCUGUUUUGCUGGUUGGUUAUGAGUUUGCUAUUUUCAAUUUGAAAUUAAAUUUCUUUCUAUUUUAUUUAGCAGGGUGUUUUUCUGCUAAUCAAUCUUUAAUUUUUGUAAUUAGUUUCUCUAACCUACAAAUUGGUCUUUUGCUAAGGUUUAAUAAUAUUAUUAAGAGCUCCAUAAAUCUGUCACAAUCGUUAGCUGUAUGAUAAUAAUAAACUGAGCUUAGCUUAUCGAUCACAAAAAUAUGUCUAUGGUUGACGCUUUCUAUGUUCUUCCACCGAAAAGCAAGGAGCGAACUUUCGAAUAUGACAAGACCUUACCCAGCCUACCUCUACCGUCUCUGUCACACACAUUAUCACGCUACUUGGAUUCAGUGAAAGCUAUUUCUACCGAUGAGGAGUAUAAAAAGACUGUUGAAAUUGUUCAGGAGUUUGAAAAUGGAAUUGGAAAAGAUCUUCAUGCUAAACUCCAAAGCAAGGCUGCCGAUGAAAGGAAUUGGCUAGAAGAGUGGUGGGAAAACUAUGUUUAUUUGAGUAAUCGUCAGCCAUUACUGCCCGAUUGGAGCAUGUCUGGCUCAUCACCAACAUUAGAACUUGGUUGGACUUUCGGCCCUGGGAAACAAGUACUUUACGCCUCCCGAUACUGCUACCAUCUGGUGAGUCUUUUUGUGCUGAUGCGAAGCGAGCGUUACCGCCCUGCCAUGACAGUCAGCCGUCGGACUGGCGCCAAGAAACGAUUCAACAUGAACCAGUAUCGUCGGCUGUUCAACACCUGUCAAAUACCUGGACAAUUCAUCGACGAAAUGCAUACACAUUUCAAAACUGAAUCGGAAGGGCCGUGCCCCACGCACGUUGUAGUCAUGUACAACGGACACCUGUACAAGUUGGAGCCAUUCCAUCCGGACGGCAGUCAGCUGACCACAGCUGAAUGGGAAAAACUGCUCACUGAGAUUGUGCGCCACGGAGCGACAGAGAGGGGUCAGGAUGUCGCCGCUCUCACUUCUGACAAUCGAACCUCCUGGGCAGAGAUUAGAGACCACAUAAUGGGACUAUCGAAGAAGAACGCCGACCUAAUGUUGGAGGUGGAAAGCAGCAUGUUCACACUGUGCCUGGACGGAGACAGCCCGGGGAGCGCCUCGGAGGUGAACCGGUUGUCGCUGGCGGGCGACCUGCGCUGCCGCUGGGCCGACAAGGCACUCAAUAUCGUCUUCUUCGCCAACGGCUCGUCGGCCGGCCUCUGCAACCACGCCGCCUAUGACGGCAUCGUCAGCGUCUCCACCAUGCACUUCAUCCACCUCUCGCUGCUCGAGAACCGGGACAACUGGAUCGAGUCGUUCGCCGUUCGCCCCGGUCUCAUAAAGCCCACUCAAAUCCUGUUCGAUCUCGACGACAAGACCACCACACACAUUCACAAAGUCAUCGGAGGUAUUAGUGAUCAGACCAAACAUUUUUUAAUGAUAAGAGAGGAAUUGAGCGGAUUUGGAAAAGACAAUAUACAAAAACAUAAUUUACAUCCUGACGCGUACAUACAAAUGGCUUUACAACUGGCUUACUGGAGAUUGCAUGGCAAACCGGCACCUUGCUAUGAGACAGCCACUACCCGUAUGUUCUACAAUGGCAGAACGGAAACCAUGAGGUCGUGUACUCCAGAGGCGGUAGAAUGGUGUCAAAACAUGGACAAUUCUUCUGUCAGUAGUGGCGAAAAAGCGAAGUUGCUGAAAGCAGCGAUCACGAGGCACGUGGAUUUGAUGAAGGAGGCGCAGGGCAACGCGGGCUGCGACCGGCACCUGUUCGGCCUCUAUUGUGUCGCCAUGGAGUCUGGACUCCCUGUUCCAAACAUUUUCCAAGAUCCUAAUUUUUUAAAGAGUGGUGGAAAUGGAAAUUUUAUUUUGUCUACAAGCUUAGUCGGCUACACUGAAUUGGGAGGAGGUGUUGGACCAAUGUGCCAAGAAGGAUAUGGUUGCUUUUACAACAUAACAGCCGAUCGGUUUUUUAUUACACUAUCUGUACACAGAGACAGUUACGAAACGAGCGCUCACAAGUUCUUUACACAACUCGUCAUUGCUCUAUUCGAUAUGGAUCAUUUGCUGCUUUCUGCCACACAAGGGAAACUCGAUCAAGCCAAAUUAUAAAACAGCAUUUUUUUUCAAAUCAAGUUACCUCUUACACCUUAUCUUGGAUUAUAGAUUAAUAUAUAAUUUGUUUGGGAUGAAGUAUGCGGUUUUAGUAGGCUUAUGAUGUAUAGUAUUUUUUACGUUUUUCGUUGAUAGUAGUUAGGUUCAUUCAUUAUUGUUUUGAAACCAGGUUUUGGUAGUUAUUUGUCUGAGUUAGCUGUUGCCACUUUGGCUGCUUUUAUAUUCAACCUAAACAGUGAGGCUUAAAUCAUUUGUAUUCGGGUCAGAAACAUUAUUAUUUAUAUACUAUACCGUGAUUCAUUGCCAACGAAAUAAAUAGCAUAGGUGGACUUUCCGUUGACAGUUAGGUGCUACGCUACUCUUGAGUGUUUUUGUGGUGCUAGUCUCCAACACUUUCUUUCAUUGCUCAAUCUUUUUCAGUAUUUUAUCGAUGACAGUAUUAUUUGACACAAUGACUAAGUGCCAUAUUUAUAGAGGUGACUGUAAGUAUAAAUAGUUACCGAGAUUAUCGUCCAAUUUCGACAUUCGUAAUGUUUUAAUGCGGGUUUUCAAAUAUUUCCUUGCGAAUAAGAUUAAUCUCAUGUUACCUAUACCUUCAUAAUUACGGUACAUUAUGUUGACGGUAUUUAAUAUGUUAUUUCCAACUAGCAUAAGGUACAAGGGAAAUCACACUAGUUGUAAAAUCUGCAAUUUCUUGUAGGGCUUGACGUCUUUUCUAAGUAUGGUGAAAGUGGAUCUUGUACAAUAUUAACGAAUCUCAUUAUUAAAGGUGCUGCACAUUUUGACGUAAGAGGUGGGUAUUAUUAUUGUCUACGAGGUGAUAUUAUUCUUUUGACUUUAUGUUUUAUAUUGUGCUAUUAUAGUUGAAUAAAAAACUUCGAAACUACUUAGAACUUAUUUCUAUUUCUAAUUAUUCUGAUAAAUAGAUGAUAUACUUUCUAUGUGGUCUAUUCAUUCUUGGAUUCUUAUACACUUGAAUAAAAUCAGACAACUACGGGUGACUUGAAAGAGAAAACAAUAAUCAUCCUCCAAUAUUUUAUUCGAAUUAUUGAAAUUUCUACAACUUGAUAAAACCAUUGAAACUACCUUACGAAACAGUUCAUUCACUAUUACCAGGUAGCAUGUAGACAAAGACACGUUACUCAAGAACUGGCACAAUAAAAAUCAAAGGAAUACUU